AUGCCCGCGGGCGUGCGGCGCUCUGUUUCUCGCUGUGGUUGCCCGAGGAAAGGGCUGAGCUCCACGGUCGUCCGCCGGCUGUACGUGGAUGCAGGGGGAAGUCAUCACAAAGUCUCUGUUUCACCUGUUGUUCAUGUCCGAGGACUCUGUGAAUCGGUUGUGGAAGCAGAUCUUGUGGAAGCUCUGGAAAAGUUUGGAACCAUAUGCUAUGUCAUGAUGAUGCCAUUUAAGCGCCAGGCUCUGGUGGAGUUUGAAAACGUAGAAAGUGCCAAGAAAUGUGUAACGUUUGCAGCAGACGAACCUGUAUACAUUGCUGGGCAGCAAGCCUUUUUCAACUAUUCAACAAGCAAAAGGAUUACUCGGCCAGGGAACACUGAUGAUCCAUCUGGUGGAAAUAAAGUUCUCCUGUUGUCAAUUCAGAAUCCUCUCUACCCAAUUACAGUGGAUGUCUUGUAUACUGUGUGCAACCCUGUUGGAAAAGUUCAGCGCAUUGUUAUAUUCAAGAGAAACGGAAUACAAGCUAUGGUUGAGUUUGAAUCGGUCUUUUGUGCCCAGAAGGCGAAGGCUGCACUAAAUGGAGCAGAUAUCUAUGCAGGAUGCUGUACACUAAAAAUUGAAUAUGCAAGGCCAACUCGACUUAAUGUCAUUAGAAACGACAACGAUAGUUGGGACUACACUAAACCGUAUCUGGGCCGACGAGACAGAGGGAAGGGCCGCCAGAGGCAAGCUAUUUUGGGAGAGCACCCAUCGUCAUUUAGACACGAUGGUUAUGGGUCACACGGUCCUUUAUUGCCCUUACCGAGCCGGUAUCGAAUGGGAUCUCGGGACACUCCAGAACUCGUCGCUUAUCCUUUGCCCCAGGCAUCGUCCUCUUACAUGCAUGGUGGAAAUCCUUCUGGUUCCGUUGUCAUGGUUAGUGGGUUGCAUCAGCUAAAGAUGAACUGUUCAAGGGUCUUCAACCUGUUCUGCUUGUAUGGAAACAUUGAGAAGGUGAAAUUUAUGAAGACCAUUCCAGGCACAGCACUGGUUGAAAUGGGUGAUGAGUAUGCUGUAGAAAGAGCUGUCACACAUCUCAACAACGUCAAAUUAUUUGGAAAGAGACUUAACGUCUGCGUUUCCAAGCAGCAUUCAGUAGUUCCGAGCCAGAUAUUUGAACUGGAGGAUGGCACAAGUAGUUACAAGGAUUUUGCGAUGAGUAAGAACAAUCGCUUCACCAGUGCUGGCCAGGCAUCUAAGAACAUCAUCCAGCCACCCUCUUGUGUGCUGCAUUACUAUAAUGUACCCCUGUGCGUAACUGAAGAAACCUUUGUAAAGUUAUGUGAGGAUCAUGAAGUUCUCAGCUUUAUUAAAUACAAAGUGUUUGAUCCAAAACCUUCUGCCAAAACACUUUCUGGUCUGUUGGAAUGGGAAUGUAAGACAGAUGCAGUGGAAGCCCUCACUGUACUUAAUCACUACCAGAUAAGAGUCCCAAAUGGCUCUAACCCUUACACCUUGAAGCUUUGCUUCUCUACUUCAUCCCAUUUAUAGAGAAGAGGACAGCAUGUUAAGAGCUACGUUCACCUCGAUUUGCAAGUUUGAAACUACACUUCAUUCACAAAGCUCUAAAGUGUUUGCUCUAACGUUGCCUUGUUUCAACUUAAUUCUAAUAUCUUUUAUCUUGUUUUAUAAUAAAUGGAUGUUCCUUCAUAAAUACAAACCAGAUUUUUUUUUCCUCUUUGCCUCUGAGAAGUACGUGUUGUAAGCUAACUACAAAGUUUGUAUUUCAUUAAUGUAAUACUUCAAAAAUCUAAAGAAACACCAGUAACAUAUACAAGAUAGUGAGAGUGUACCAUUCAGACCUUAAAAUGUCAAUUGUUUUCUUCCAAAAAUGAAAUUUAUUUGCAUUUUUGAUGUUGAAGAUUAGCAAGUAUUUUUCCAUUUGUAGUUUUAAUUGGCAGGUAGAACUAUUACAUCAGAAUUUUAAAUGUAGAACUUGUUUUUCAGUAUGUUAAGUAGUGAAGUAUGUUGCAAUAAAUACUAAAAAAGCUUGUAUUUAUAAAAUGCUUAAAUCAGGUUAAUGUUGCACAUACUGAAUUUUAAGUAGUAUAGACUUAGUUGAUUUAUAUUCCAAACAAAGCUAAUGUAGAAAAUAAGUAUGUACACGUGUAUGGUGUGAAUUCAUACUUAUUUAAAGUGGUUUUGGGUUUUUGUUUGUUUUUUUUUUUGGAAAACUAUUUUCCAUUUGCAUUAGCAUGAUGCCGUCUAUAGCUAGUCCCACCGUAGGGGCCUUUUAAAAAUUAAAAUUGCAAGCCUGUAUCAGCGUGUUCAUCCUCCUUUUCCGUAACUUAAACUUAAAUCUUUGAUGUUUAACAUAUCCUCUUGACUUUUUAAAAUAUUGGUUAUGACUUAUUAAAUGGUAAAAGUUGGAUAUGUGAGAACAGAAGAUUGAUCACAACAGAACAAAGGUGGUAAAAGCAGUUUAAAAAAAAUGCAAGCCCCACCAUACUCUCUCAUACCUGGAUUGUUAUUUGAUUUACACUUAAUGUUUGUAUCGGUGUUUUGUUUCCUUUUGUCUGAUUUUUAUUUCAUACUGCCGGUAUGAUGAUAAAAGGAUGCAUAGGGUGAAUAGACUUGGCUAGCCUCUUAUUUACACUGAUCUGAUUGAUAUAGGUGGGAUUCAGCUAAUAUACUUCUCAUGAAUUUCAUAUCACGUAAUUAAAUGAGAAAUCUUUUGUUUUGGAGAAGAUGAUUUGUUUUGUCCCAGCACUUAAGAGCCUCGAUUCUCUGCUCCAGAACUGGAGUUGCAGUCUUAUUCCAGCCCAACCCCAGAAAUGGGAAUCCAAGCAUGAAAGUUUGGAAGCCAAUUACCCAUGUUUGUUCCCCUUUCUGAAUAUGCAACAGUCCAGUGCUUUUUUCAGUUCUGCUUAGUGAUCAAAGAAAAGUUACUUUUAUCAGCCAUUUUAUCUUAUAUUUUAUCGUACAUGUUUUGUCCUAACUUCAGCUGCAGGAUUAUUCUAUUCAUGUACACUUGCCUUUGAGGGAGUAUGUUGCAGUCUGUUUACAGACAGUGGGUAUUGCACACAUCUUUAAAUACAGACUAGACUUUCCCCACUCUUAAUUUCAAGGUAGAAACACCUAAUCAAGGGAAAACAAGUCAGCUGUCUUUCAGGUUUUCCAGUCAGCAAUGAUUCGGUUCCAUCCUGGCUACCACCGUUUCGUUCAUGCUUCUAGUAAUGAGUAUUUCAAGAAUUCAAAGCACGCUGCUAAUAAUGUGUGUACUGGGACCCAAGGGACAGCUGCACUUUGUUUGGCAGCCCUUGCUUCAUGUUACCUUCUGCAUACGAUUUGGAGUAGUGAUGGCUUCCUGCCUGGUCUGUGGCAAACUGACUUGCUUUCUAGGGGCACUGCUAAGAUUCUUUCAGCCUAACUGCUUCUGCCCCCAGAAAUUGCUUCUGGAGAGCUCCAGUCUAGACGGCUACAUGCCGUACCUUGCCCUUUGCCAACUAGUGAAGUGUUUAGCGCUGCCUACCAUUUCGACUGUGAAAGGUCUUCUCCCAAUCAUUCAUUUCUCUUCUAUUAGCUUGAACGUUCUGUGGAAACGUGUUUCUCUUGUCAUAGCUUGCAUUGCUAUUAGUGUUAAUGUAGUUCAAGGAGUCAGAAGUCUUGUAGCUGAAUAUUAAAAAUAGACAUGUUAUCUAUUGGUCCUGUUUGGGAUGUAGGAUGAGUGACCCUAAAACAUUCAGGUUUUUAUAGAAAAGCACUUUAAUGUUACCAUAUCCUCAGUGGAUCACAGCCUUCAGUGCCUAAGAUGCCCUGAUGAAAGGCAUCUUUCCUGUGGCUGCUCAGAUCAAGCAGAGGACAGACUAGUUCCAGGUGUAUCCAAGAGGAUUUUCUGCCAACUGGAAGUCCCCGUUCUCGAAAUGAGAAAAGCCUGUACCACGUGGCGAGAGACGAGAGGAGACCGGGAAACUGUUGGUACUCCUUAAAACAAUCGUUGUGUCCAUGUGGAAGUUGAGAAUGGGAAAGAUUCCUUAUUAGUAUUUUGCCGUAAAAAGAAAACAAUAUGUUCUCCUGGGCCUAAAUGGAUGGGUGCUCCUCCUAGGGGAGGAAUUAGGCUGGUCUCCUCCUUCCACAAUCACGGUCUACGUUCGCCUAUAGUCUUGCUCGUUGGAACAGAGCCAAAAUAGUGGGACAGGUAAAGAGUUGCUCCAAGGGGAGUGAAGUUUGUGUGUAGUUUGGCAGCCUACCACUCGUUAUACUUGUUAGAUUAAAGCACUAAGGUUUCUUGAUGCAACUUUUCUGUCCCUUUUGCAUAAGCCAUAUACUCAAAUUAAGUGAACAUUGCUAUGCAGAUUUCCUGCGUGUAAGCAGUUCGCAUUCACAUUGUAAAAUAUUCAUGACAGUUCCAGUGUUGGUUUUUUUUUUUUUUUAAAGCUUAUUUUUUCUAAUUGGCCACCUUUCACUGGAGGUAAAUGAUAUAUUGAAGUAGAGAUCUUUUCAUCUUCUCUCAUAAUACCCUAAUCUUUAUUUCUCUUUAUUGUCCCUUAUAAGGGGAAGAAGUGGGAAGAGUUGCUUUUUGACUUUCUAUACCACCACAGUAAGGUAGGUAGAGUGUGUAGCUAGGGUGAUAUACGAAAGGAUGUAAAAGAAACCAUUUAGGAAACGUUUGGAUGUUUUGCUUUAUGAAAGGAAUGAUGCAAUUUAAUGUGGUGUCUCUAAGUCUGUCUUUCAGCAAGGGAUAAUGUUUGGGGUAAGCUGGCUUGUAACUGGCUGAAACCCUCCUUGUUGUAAUUAAAUGCAACUUGCUCCUUUU